GGAAGAAUUUCAAGAUAAAAAAUUUUGUAUUGAAAAUUCGUACGGCGCUCAAGUUCGCUUUUAAGCCACGGUUAAAAUGCUAUGCAUUGCACAUUUGACUUUUAAGCCUUGCGAACGUGCGCCUUUUGCCAUUUUUGUAUCUUUUUGUAUCUUCUGCUGCUCUUUUUGAAAUGUUAAUAAAUUUUUUUUUUUUUGUGUGUUAAAUUUCAAUUAAGUGGCAGCAACAAUAGCAAGAAAAUUCGUAUACGUAACGUUUUUAACAAUUUCAUUUAAAGUAGAUAAUGUGAAAAGAAAUAAUAUCGUAAAAGAGAAAGGAGGCGAGAAAAAAACUGCCAUAGAAAUUAAAAAUUCAUCCGUGGCUUAAAUAAAAUAUAAAAAGUACAAAAAAACACACAAAACAUAAAAAAAUAAAAACAAAAACAAAAACAAACAAUAACAAACAAACAACAAACGUAGCAGACAGCAAACAACAACAACAACAAGCGACAGCAAUGAAUUCAACACAAUUGUGUAGUACAGUUUCACACUAUAUACCAACGCCCGUUCACACAUUAUCCAGCACAACAGCAACGACAAUAGGUGCAACCGGAGUAGGAGCAACAACCAUGGGCUUGUGCUCAAAUCAAUUACCGCCAACAACAAAUAUAUCCAAUGCGACUACCACAGCGACAGCAUCAGCAGCUCUUGGUUACAUUAAUGGCAUAUUGUAUAUGGAACAUGAUGCUACUAAUGCCACUAAUACAACAAAACCUCCAGCACAACAUCCAAAUCCAAAUUCACAUUCACUUAUACAACAGCAGCAACAACAGCAGCAUCAACAGCAACAACAACAACAGCAUCUACAACAACACCAACGACAUCGACAACUUAAGCCACCUAACAUGGACAGCAACAAUAUGGUUCAUGCUGAGUAUAAAAAUGACGUCGAUCAUAAAAAGGUUAGCGUUGACUAUGACGAUGACAAUAUUGAUAAUGCCGACCAUGAAGAUGAGACCGAUUCGUUUGCGUCGAUGGAAACACUUUCCGACAAUGUAGCAAUUUGGGUUGAUGGCGAAAAGCAUUGGAUAUCUGGUGUUGAUUCAAAUACAACAUGUGCGGAUUUGAUAUGUGCGUUGCUCAGUUAUCAAGACGGUCAACAGAUGUUUGCAAGCGAUGCCCAGCCAAUUGAUGAAAGUGCUAACAAAAAUAUCAACAAUAGCAACAAUAACAGUAAAAGUAACAGCAGCAACAACAACAACAACAACAACAACAAUAGUGAUACUGCCGGUAACAAUAGCAGCAAUAAUCCCAUCAAUCAAUCAAAUACAAAUACCAAAGAAGAUAUAAGCAAAAAUACGCAAACAAAUACAACAAAUACAACAAAUACAACGAAUACAUUAAAUACAACAGCCAAGGAUAUGAAUAUGAGUGCCGCUCCAGGCGUUAACCAGUCGUUAAACGACUACGUCAUUGUGAAGCAACAUCGACACUGUGAGGAAUAUUUGGACGGAAGUACAAAAGUUUUUGAUGUGCUGCCAACUCGAGACAUAACCGACAGGAAAGAGUGCGAACUUACAUUGCGGCGCUUGGCUGCAUCACCUCUAAUCACAACGCAAGUCGCCUCCUUGCUUUCGACCGAUAAGGAUAGUGGCAUAGCGGCAAGUCCGGUGGGUAGCGCGCGAAGUGCACGUUUUCGACGUCGUAAACAUAAAUCGUCCAAUUGGUUGGCACAGAGCAAUACUUUACAUCCGAAACUAGCACAACGAGGCAAUUACACAAACGAACGUCUGCUAAAAAUUAUACUUGCCCAGGAUGAAACCAUACAUCGUCAGUUGUCACUGUUAAGAGAGAAGGAACGACAAAUAUCUAAAAUCGAAGAGGAAAAACAUCGUGUGAGAGAACGGGAACUGGGUAAAAAUUAUUUACUUGAAACAUAUUUAAAUGGACUCGAUGAAGCUGAAGUUGAACCAGAUUUAUGUGAUGGAGUAGAAAUUUUUAUAGAUGAACCAUAUCAUCAAUUUCCAGCUACGGAAAUAACAACAAAAACAACUGUAAAAACAACAAAAGAAGUUAACUCGCAGCCAACAGCGAAAACAAAAAGUUCUCAGAAGAUAAAACAACAAAAACAACAAAAGCAACGCAAACAAUGUAAGAACGAAGACUUUCGCAUCUCAACUGAAGAAACCUAUAAUGAUGAAGUGAACUUACCGCCCACACCCAACGACAGCACAGCCAACGGAAAUCCGAAGGAAAUCGAAUUGCAAAUAUUAUGGCUGGAAAAGGUAUAUGCGAUUAAUAAGCAACUGCAACGGGAAGAGGAAAUUCUGGUGAAGCUACAUGCCAAAAUACGUAAACAUCAGGUGAAGCGUGCAUAUCAAACCAAAAACGAGGUACUUCAACAAAUUGACAAACUCGACACUGAGAUCGCACUUCAAUGCUGUGACAUAAGUAAAGUGGAGGAUAAUCUGAUGACAACGGAUGAACAACUUAAACAGAAACUUACUAUACUAGAAAAGUUAAAUGAAGAAUUUGAUGCAACCACAACAGCAACAACAACAACAACAACAACAAUGAAUGCACAACCAAUAGGAUUUGCUUUGCUCACUGCAGCCAACAAAGUCGGUGAAGACUUAGAUGAAAUAACUGAAAUUAAAGACGCUGUUAGUAGCUGUGAUAUUAAAGCAAAUUGCUCGCCUGUUACGUGCAAUGCAAAUAGUUUCGAAGCAAACAAACUAACGCAACCACAACAGCGACAGCAGCACCAGCAGCAGCCACAGCAGCAACACAAUAAUGUUAACAAUAUAAUGGCCAAUAAGAUAACAACCCCAACAGCAGCAAUAACAAUAACAACAGCUGCUGGGGUCACAACGCACUACACGCCAACAAUUUCUUCGAUGGUUGGCUAUACGCAAGAAAAUAAAGUUUUGCAUGACUCUACAACAACAACGCAGGCAUUGAUGACAACAGCAACAACAUAUACAGUAUCACCACAACUGGCAACAAAAACAGAAGUAACAGAAACGGUGAAUGCAGUGGCAACUUUUCAAACGCAAAUUCCAAAAGUUAAUUUAAACGAAAUUUAUACACCGGAAGAUUUGCAAAAUCUACAAAAGCUAAUUGCGAAACCAGCAGACACAACAGUAGCAGCACAAACGAGAACUGCUCUACCAAUUUUAAUGCCAAUAGCGGCGACAUCAACAGCAACAGUAGCAGCAGCAACAUAUCUACCACAAGAGCCAACAAUAAAAACAGUACAGCAGCACAGUAAUUAUCCAAUUAGUGGCAUUAAUCAUAACGAUGGCAGUGUUGGCUGCAUCACAGAUACUUAUUCGACUAUGUCCAGUAAUGUAUUAACGUUACAACAGACCCACACAACUACCGAACAACAUUUACCGCAACAACAUCAAUUGCAACAGCAGCAGCAGCAUCAGCAUCAGCAGCAACCGCCACCGUUACUCAUCGAUAAGAACAUUUUACCACUGCAUGUGAAUAAUGUUAAAACCGUUAAGAAGCAAAUGUUCUGCCCAAAAUCUCUUAAUUCACCAACGUCAAUCGCCAUUAGGCACAACAACAAUAAUAACAGCAACAACAGUAGCAGUCAACAGCAACAGCAACAGCAACAACAACAACAACCUCAACAUUACAUACAGCAGUCCAGUAGCAACUAUGUUAGUGGCAUGCUACCAUUAAGUACAAUGCCAACGCAAGUACAGCAAUUAAUACCGGCGCCUUUGAAUGUAAAAAAUAUUGACAUCACUCGAAUGGGUACACUAGUCUAAGUGUUUCAUUUGUACUGUACAAAUUAUAUAGACACCACUGCUGGCACUGUACAGCUGUGUUAUGUUAUAGUUGUCUUGCGGCUCACAUGCAAAGUCAAGCGAACAACCGCCUUACUGAUUCGAAUGUGCGAGUUGCCAUAAGACAAUAUCGUGGCAAGAGUUUAACUGUAUCAGUUCAUUUGCAGUAAAUGGCUUUAAGCAAAAUAUUAAAUGCAAACAACAACAACAAACCAAUUUAACAUUAAUGUACAUGAGUGUAAACAUAAAUAUGUAUUUGUUAAUGCAAGUGUUACUUAUGACAGUUAAAUGCAUUAAAUGGUCCAACGCACACACACACACGCGCACACACACACACGCCAACUUACACUUGAUAAAUGUUAACAUAAAAAUUACUUAACACAGAAGAAGAGCAAAAACAACAAAAAAAUUGAAUUUAUCUUUGUACCAAAUUUCUGUUAAUU